AGUUUGGAGUGCCCCAGCCAAAGCUCUGCCUGGUUAGAAAGCAACCAGCGCUCGGCACGGAAGUUUGCAGGGCUCUUGUCAGUCGGAUGGUUGCCUUCCUUCCCUCCUGCACUUCCUCCUUCUCUCGGAUAGCUCUUACAGCCCCCUAGCCGUCAGCUCCUCCUCUUCUCCUCCUUCUCCGCCCACUCCUCCCAGCGGAGGUUGCUCUAAGGCUGGGAUGUCCCUCUGUUCCCAGGUCAGUGCCCAGCCAGCGGCAGAGAGUUAAGCACCAGACUAAAACAGACUGAAAAGCCAAAAGAGACGCGAUUAAGGGGAAGGGAGGGUGGGAGGGAGACAGGACGGGCGUGGAGGGCCUGCCUGAACUCCCGCCCACGCAGCGAUCCCAAGAGAAACUCGUACCCAGUUGGAAGAGCCCCUCUACCUAGUGGACACCAUAGUCAGUCCGGCUCUCUCCUCCCUCCCUUCUGAGCCUGAGGCACUAGGAAACUUCUCCUCUAACUUGCAGCAGGGGCGCCGGUGGGCACCGGGCAGCCGAGACCAAGGAGGCGGUGACUGGGGGCGCUAAGACAGGCGCUGAGCAGCGCACUUCAGAGAUGGCCCCUUGGCUGGGGAGAAAGCGGCGGCGGCAGCUACAGCUUCUCCACCUUCAGCGCCGCUGCCUCCACCUCCUUCUCCCGGGCCUUCUGCUGCUGCUCCUGCCGCCUCCCGGCAGCGCCUUCAACCUGGACGUGGAUAGUCCCGCAGAGUAUUCUGGCCCGGAGGGAAGUUACUUCGGCUUUGCGGUGGAUUUCUUCGCCCCAGACCCUUCCUCAAUGUUUCUUCUGGUUGGAGCUCCCAAAGCAAACACUACCCAACCUGGCAUUGUAGAAGGAGGGCAAGUACUCAAGUGCAGCUGGUCUUCCAAUCGCUUUUGUCAGCCAGUGGAAUUUGACUCAACAGGCAAUAGAGAUUAUGCCAAGAAUGAUCCAUUGGAGUUUAAAUCUCACCAGUGGUUUGGAGCAUCUGUGAGAUCUAAGCAGGAUAAAAUUUUGGCCUGUGCUCCAUUGUAUCAUUGGAGAACUGAACUGAAACAAGAGAGAGAACCUGUUGGAACAUGCUUUCUACAGGAUGGAACAAAGACUGUUGAGUAUGCUCCCUGCCGGUCAAAAAAUAUUGAUGCUGAUGGACAGGGAUUUUGUCAAGGAGGAUUUAGCAUUGAUUUUACAAAAGCUGACAGAGUACUUCUGGGAGGUCCUGGUAGUUUUUAUUGGCAAGGUCAGCUCAUUUCUGAUCAAGUGGCAGAAAUUGUAUCUAAAUAUGACCCUCAUGUAUACAGCAUCAAGUAUAAUAACCAGUUAGCAACUCGAACAGCUCAGGCUGUUUUUGAUGACAGCUACCUAGGCUAUUCGGUGGCUGUUGGGGACUUCAAUGAUGAUGGCAUAGAAGACUUUGUUUCUGGAGUUCCAAGAGCUGCGAGAACAUUGGGAAUGGUUUAUAUUUAUGAUGGAAAAAAUAUGUCAUCUUUGUAUAAUUUUACUGGAGAACAGAUGGCUGCAUAUUUUGGAUUUUCUGUAGCUUCCACUGACAUUAAUGGAGAUGAUUAUGCAGAUGUAUUUAUUGGAGCCCCUCUCUUCAUGGAUCGUGGGUCUGAUGGCAAACUUCAGGAAGUGGGUCAAGUCUCCAUGUGUCUGCAGCAAGCUUCAGGAGGUUUUCAGAUCAUAAAGCUGAAUGGCUUUGAGAUCUUUGCUAGAUUUGGUAGUGCUAUUGCUCCUCUGGGAGAUCUUGACCAGGAUGGUUUCAAUGAUGUUGCAAUUGCUGCCCCCUAUGGAGGUGAGGACAAACGAGGAAUUGUUUAUAUCUACAAUGGAAGAGCAACUGGCUUGAAUUCAGCACCAUCUCAAAUCCUAGAAGGAAAGUGGGCUGCCCGGGCCAUGCCACCAAGCUUUGGGUACUCAUUGAAAGGAGCCACAGAUAUAGAUCAAAAUGGAUAUCCAGAUUUAAUUGUAGGUGCUUUUGGUGUGGACCGAGCUGUUUUAUAUAGAGCCAGGCCAGUUAUCACUGUAAAUGCCGUCCUAGAAGUUUAUCCCACUAUUCUAAAUCAAGAUAAUAAGACCUGUCCUCUUCCUGGCACAGAUGUCAAAGUUUCCUGUUUUAAUGUGAGAUUCUGCCUAAAGGCUGAUGGCAAAGGAAGACUUCCAGAGAAGCUAAAUUUCCAGGUUGAACUUCUUUUAGAUAAACUGAAGCAAAAAGGAGCCAUUAGGAGAGCCCUGUUUCUCCAUAACAAAUCUCCUGGACACUCAAAGAACAUGAGUAUUUCAAAGGGAGGUCAGAUGCAAUGUGAGGAGCUUACAGCAUAUCUUCGGGAUGAAUCUGAGUUCCGAGACAAACUCACUCCAAUUACUAUUUUUAUGGAAUAUUGGUUAGAUUACAAGACUGCAGCUGAUGUGACUGGAUUGCAACCCAUUCUUAACCAAUUCACUCCUGCCAACAUUAGUCGACAGGCUCACAUUCUCCUGGACUGUGGUGAAGACAAUAUCUGCAAACCCAAACUGGAAGUUUCUGUACAUAGUGAUCAAAAGAAGAUCUAUAUUGGUGAUGACAACCCUCUGACACUGAUUGUUAAUGCCCAGAAUCUAGGGGAAGGAGCCUAUGAGGCUGAGCUCAUUGUGUCCAUUCCGCCCCAGGCAGAUUUCAUUGGUGGUGUCCGUAACAGUGAAACUUUAUCAAGGCUUUCCUGUGCAUUUAAGACAGAGAAUCAAACCCGCCAGGUGGUAUGUGACCUUGGAAAUCCCAUGAAGGCUGGAACUAAACUUUUAGCUGGCCUUCGUUUCAGUGUGCACCAACAAUCAGAGAUAGAUACUUCUGUGAAGUUUGAUUUACAAAUUCAGAGCUCCAAUUUGUAUGACAAAGUAAGCCCAAUGAUAUCUUACAAAGUUGAUCUUGCCAUUUCUGCUGCUGUUGAGAUAAGAGGGGUCUCCAGCCCUGAUCAUGUCUUCCUUCCUAUUCCAAACUGGGAGUAUAAAGAGAAUCCACAGACUGAAGAGGAUGUUGGGCCUGUAGUACAGCACAUUUAUGAGCUGAGAAACAAUGGUCCAAGUUCAUUUAGCAAGGCAAUGCUGAAUCUCCAAUGGCCUUACAAAUAUAAGAACAACACUUUGCUGUAUAUCCUUCAUUAUGAAGUUGAUGGACCAAUGAACUGUACUUCAGAUAUGGAGAUUAACCCUUUGAAAAUUAAGAUUUCAAGCCCUAAGAUAGAUGAAAAAAAUGAAACAAUCUUAGGGCAAGGUGACCGGAAUCAUCAUGUCAGUAAACGGAAUUUGCCUCCCAGUGAAGGGGAUGUACACACUUUGGGAUGCGGAAUUGCUGAAUGCUUAAAGAUUGUCUGCCAGGUUGGUCGCCUUGAUAGGGGAAAGAGUGUAAUCCUGUAUGUAAAGUCUCUGCUGUGGACCGAGACAUUCAUGAAUAAGGAAAAUCAGAAUCAUUCAUACUCACUGAAGUCCUCAGCUUCAUUCAAUGUCAUAGAAUUUCCCUACAAGAACCUCCCUAUUGAUGAUAUUCACAACUCUACAUUAGUUACCACGAAUAUUACCUGGGGUAUUCAGCCCUCAACAAUGCCAGUGCCUUUGUGGGUGAUCAUAUUAGCUGUUCUUGCUGGAUUAUUGUUAUUGGCUGUUUUGGUCUUUGUAAUGUAUAGGAUGGGGUUCUUUAAACGGGUCAGACCACCUCAAGAAGAACAGGAAAGAGAACAGCUUCAACCUCAUGAAAAUGGUGAAGGAACCUCAGACGCUUAACAACUUUUAAUUUAUACAGCAUAACACUUUAGAAUUGCCAACUUCUUUGUGGAUUUCAGUUUCUCUCAUCAGGAAAAAAACACUCCAUGGCAGCACUGCUGAUCACACCCUUUGGCAUUGAUGAAUAGACUUAAACAACAAAAUGAGAGCAAUAUGUGUCAACCAUCUCUUGUAUAAAGCAUGUUCCUAAUCCCACUAGUAGUACACAUGCACUGAAAUGUGCAGGAAUCAUAAGUAUUAUUUGGUGAUUUUGAUAAUCAGAUUUCAAGAGACUGUGCCCUAUUUAAUAACACCCACCAGAUUGAUAUUCUUGAGUUUCCAUGUGGAUUUAAUGAAAAUCUCAAAAACCAGCAGCUUUUGUAGUUACUGUUUCUGUGUUUUCUUCCUUUAAGACAAGACUUCAUUUGGGCCUUGGCGUCCAAUUCUUCUGUAAAGAUUCAUGCUGUUAAUAAGCAUUACACUACAGGUGAUUUUCAAGCUACUAAUGGACAUAUACAGACACAACUUAGUGAACUUUGGUUUCCAAGAUUAUUUGAAUUCAUUUUAGUAUGUUAACUAUCUAUGUGAACCCUUUCAGUCAUCUUUCUAAAGACUAUAAAUGAACUAGAUACAAACACAGCAGUUGGAAUCACUAAAAGUGUUUGAGCCUUUUUUUUUAUUGCAUUCUAUUUUUAAAAAAUUAGCUUUUGUUUCAAGGACACUUUAGUAAAUCUAUAUUCGUGUAAAACAUUAGAUGUCUAACUGUAAACUUUUGUACAAUAGUUGAAUUUUAAUAAUUACAUUAAAAUCAGCAUCCUGAAAGCCAUAUAGGGACUUUAUUAAUUCUAAAUUACAUUUAUUCCCAUUUUAGCUAAAUAAUGUGGAUGUAUUCUUCAUCAAUCAAAUAUUGUGGUAUUUAAUUUUAAUCAACUUUUAGGAAGUGAUCACAAGUUAUUAUAAGUAAAAAUAUUAAUGAAAAGGUCUUCAUUAUUGAUGUAGCUGUUUACUGUUAUUGAUUUACUUCACUGUAACAGUUUUAUAAUAUAAGAAUGUUGGUCUUAAUAUUAUAUUUUUCUUCAUGUUUUUAAAUUGAAGUACAGAAAAAGUAGCAAGAUAAAUGAAAAUGGGUUCACUUUGGCUACAUUUGCUCUUUCCUUCUAAGCAGAAAUGUUUCUUUGUUAAAAACAGAAUCAACAUCUCCACACCCUAGUCCUGUUCGCCAGUGGAUUUAUUUUUAGAAUAAUAGCUUACUAAUGCUAAUAAAGUGUUUUCUCUGGGUUGUGAAAGAUUAGUUGUAAACCAACCUUCAGUUUUUCCUAACCUAUAAUAAUUUAUGAAGGCAACUUUUAAAAAUUCUCAUAUAAAACAUGAAUAAGGCUACUUUUCCAGGAAUUCUAAUGAUAGCUGCAAAUGCAGGGAACUUGUAAUUUCAAAUUUGUAUUUUUAAAUCCCUGAGGUGGUUAAUCUUCAAAAAUGAGCUUUUGAUAUGCUCACCAUGCCUUAGGGUUAGAACAUAAUGAUUUCAAUUGACUUUGACUUUACUAUUGUCCUCUGUAAGAAAAUUAUAAUGAUGCAAUUAAGAUUAAAACAGUUGAACAUCAUUUGUAAAGUUGGCCUUCAGAAUGCAAUAUUUCAUAUUUCUCUUUCUUAAAUUUAAUUUUUGAAAAAGUUUCACAAGGAAUUUCAAAGCAUUUCUGCAUUUUAAAAAUAAUUCUAUUUAUAUGAAAUAAUGUUGGUUUAUCAUCACAAGAUAGAAGAACACACAGGUGAGCUUAUACAAAUUAUUUGCUUAGUGAAGUUAUGUUAUUUUAAUGAGCAUAUUAUUUGGCAAAAAAUUUCAAAUCAUGUACUUUGGAGCAGUGCUGUUUGCCAACAACUUACAUGUACAGUAAAUACUUUAUAUUGUGAAUGAACUGGUUGUUUUGUAAAGAAAGCAUUUGUGAUAAAUAUCUUGAAGCCUUGUCACCAUGUAGCCAUUUUGCAUUUUAUUGACACCCCUUAAACAAUCAGUUCAGCCAUUUUCACAACUGAUGCCAUUUACUACUACUGAAGCUGUUAUGUGGAAAUCUAUAUUCAUCAUUUAAAGUCAGAGAAAUGAUUGAAUUUGACAUGUUACAAUCUAUUCUCUUCUUGGCCUUAUCUAAAAUUAAAGCACAUUCUAGCACUGCAGAAGCAAAGACAGGAUGAUCCAUUAACACUGGAGAUAGUAAAAAAAAAGGAAAGAUAACUUAAAGCAAUAUCAUAACUCAUAAAAAGAUGGAAAAAAGCAAAACCUGAUUAAAAUAUUGUAUAAUUUAUAAAUAUCUCUUUUUGAAACAAAUUUGAAAAAGAAUGAAAAUACUGGGUUUUACUCUAAAGCAUGAUGUGAAUGUGUAUAGCUUUCCAUAUAAUAGUCCUGUAAAAUGUAUACAUUUGUAUUGCCAAAAAAGUUACUAUUUGGUUAAUGAGUAUUUGCAAUUUUAUACCCAUGACUUUUAAAUUGAUUCUUAGAGAGUAUAAUAGUGAAUCUGAACAUCUUAAUUGGCAACAAAAAUACAUUAGUGUGGUCUAAAAGGCCAAGUAUUAGAUAUCUAUGUAAAAUUGCAUUUAAUAAGAAACUUUUGUUGAAAGUUCUACAAGUUCAUCCUUUUUUUCUUUUUCCUUUAUCUUUUCUUUUUAUGCAGUUAGGAGUGUGUUUUUGGUGAGUUUAUUCUAAGGAAUUUUGAAACAUAAACAAAUUUAAAACAUUCAGAGCCAUUUUCUAAAAAAAAAAACAAAAACCUAACAAAAACAAAGAAUCACAGUUCUUUCUCAGGUUCGAAACUAUUUAAUCAUACUGAUUAAGUAACAUUUACUUUCAGAGAAAAUGCACAAACUAUUAGAAAAUUAGCUUUCUAAAAUUAUUUGAGGGAAUUCUGAAGUACUUAAAAAAAUUAUCCAGGUCUUUAAAAGAGGGCCUUUAUGGCAGGGUCAUGUAAGUACUGCAUUUGCUAGUUUUCAUAAACAGGUUUCUGUAUGUUGGUGUAUCUUCUGAGUACAAAACAGUGCUAAAAGAAGAGUAACAACAUGGCCGUUUUUCUCUUUCGGCAAUCAUUCUCAUAGGUGACCAAUCAUUAGCAGUAAUGCCACCUUUUGUAGAAUGUUAAUCUGUUACCUUUGGUAAUCUUGUAAAUGUGGAAGACAGUUUCUAAUGGAAAAGAAGCAGAAUUGAAAAAUGUAUACUAGAAUGAAGUAGCCUAUGACUUGAGUAUUCAUUAUUUUGUAGCAUACUCUUUCACUUGGUGAAGUGGUUUGGGGUAAGAUUUUCUAGACUGCCAACGUGAAGACUAAAAUAUGCUAGGUACUGAAAUCUUUGGGGUUAGGUACUGACUCUUUUACUUUUUGUUCUCAAGUGCAAUAUAACACUUUAACAGGGCUUGGGUAAUUUCAAAGUUAUUAUUAAUUUAAUAGCCCUAAUCUAAUAAGAUUGUGUGUGACAGUGAUUCUGCUGUUCUUAACAGGCAAAAUAACUUUCUUUGCCUUUGUUCCAUUAAGAAAGCUGAUUUUAGACUGCACUUGGGUAUUAUGAUGUCUAAUGCGUUAAAAAGAAAAUAUUGUUCUGCUUAAUAACUUAUGUCCUAAAAAAUAGAUAGGAGUAAUGAUCCUAGAGGUCCAUGAUCUGGGACAUGCUAAAGAUCCUUUAUUGACUUCAGAGGGAGAAAUAGCCUUCUUUUGAUUUCAUUGGAAAUUUUACCAUGGUAAGAAGUACAUGAUUAGUUAUAUGUGGUCUUAAAGCAUUUUUUGGCAACUUAGAAAAAUACAUGUAUCAAAUUGAGUUGAUACAUAAAUACUGUAGAAAGCAAUUUUCUUUGUUUAGUUACUCUGACCACCCAUAUUGGGUGUGGCAUGAAAAUAAUUUUUUCCUUUGCUAGCUCAGUGAUUUGAGUUAGAUAACAAAUGAUACAGUACUCUCUGCAAAGUGUUUGCAAUGGAUAACUAGUAACUGUACAAUAAAAUUGGGCAGGGCAUAUGAUGCCUCUUUUGCUCAUGGUUUUUAUAUCUUCAUUGUAUCUUUUCUUUGAAAUAAAGUUCUUUUGACACAAUGAGCCAGCAGUAAUGCACUAAAUGGUAACCGUGUGUCCAUAAAGAGAGAGAAGAAAGAACAAUAAAAACAAAAGCAAUCUAAUCUUAAAAUAUAUUCUUAUACAGUCAUUAUAUACAAAAAUAACAGCAAUUUUUAGAUUUUAAGCUAAAUACAUAAGGAGUCAAAAAGCAAUAUUACACUGACCUUUGAGAAUAAUAAUGGUUGCUAUUUGCAAAACUAGAUACUUACCUCUUCACUUUAUAGAAAGAAAAUUUUUGGCAUCUACAAUGUUAGUGCAAUAAAUGUUAGUAAACAUUUUUUUUUCAUAUAGCUGUUCAAUAAUGCAAGACUUGAGAAAAAUCAGCUUACCCCCUGGCAUUUAAAAAAAUAUGCCCAUUGAUCAAUAUUGAUAAUUUAAGAAAUCAUGGAAUUAACAAAAAUACCUAUCAAUUUAUUAAAAUAGAAACAAAAUAUAUUAAUAAGUCAGUGCUCUAUUUGGAAAAAUAAUUACUGAGACAUUAACUCAGACUGGAGCUACUAUGAUAUCUUUCUUAGUUCAAUUUUCUCUCAGAUCUUCUGUCCCCUCUGUGAUAAAGUUUAUUUGUUGAAAUGCACUCUGAUUUUUUCCAAACAGAUUUUAAGAUGUUUAAUGAUGGUGUACAUGGGUAAAUCUUAUUGUAAAAUUUCAUUUUUUGGUCCUGAGAAUUUUGCAAUAAAAUACCUCUACAUGCAAAA